AUGGCCGGAUCUGAUAUUUCCUCUCUCCUGCAAACACUGGCCGCAAGGCUGGAUAGGGAUCCUGGCAUUCCGGUUGACAAUCCAACUGCAUCUUUCUGGCAAGACCCCCCUCACUCUUUUGCUAACCAGCAGUCUCAAACGCUGCCAAAGGCGGCGGACAUUGUCAUUAUUGGUUCGGGAAUCACGGCAAUAAGUACCGCACAACACUUGCUGAGGCUUAACUCAUCUUUAAAGAUGGCUAUGCUUGAAGCCAGAUCUGCCAUAUCAGGAGCUACCGGCAGAAAUGGCGGUCACAUUAAGGCUGUUCCCUGGGCUGAUUACUACGCUCUCAAGCAGGAGUUUGGGAAAGAAAGUGCAAUGAGGAUCACCAAAUUCCGUCUCGCCCAUCUUGAUGCCCUUGCCAAUGAAGCAGCUGCAUUAGGUGAGGCUGGGAAAGCUGGCUUGGUACGUCGUGUUCAAGGUGUGAGUGCGGUUUUCGAUGAGGAGACCUGGAAAUUGGCGAAGGUCAAACUUGAAGCAUGGCACGAGGACUUUCCUGAAGAGCGUGACUGUUGGAGUAUCGUCGAGGGAGGGCCAGAGCUGAAGAAAUUGGGAAUUAUCAAUGCCUACGGUUGUAUUAAGGGCCCUGCAGGAGCUGCCUGGCCAUACCGCCUUCUCGGAUGCGUAUUAUCGCGGAUGUUAGAAGGCGGACAAUUGUCACUCGACACCAAUACGAUUGCAGAACAUGUCCGUCGAAGUCGCUCAACAACUCACCCGUACGAGGUUCAGACAUCAAGAGGCACGAUAUCCGCUAAACAUGUCAUUCAUUGCACCAAUGCCUACGCAGCACAUUUGCUUCCUGCGUUGAAAGGCAAGCUUUGGCCGCUGAGAGGUCAAAUGACAGUACAAUCAGUACCUAACGAUUUCCCACGAGUCGGUGCAGAGAGAUCGUGGAGCACUGUGUGGGCUAAAGGUUUUGACUACGUCACACAGUCUCCUGACGAAGACGGCUCUUUGUACCUCGGAGGCGGCUUCUUCCAAGGCGGACCGGAGAAAGAUGAAGACGUAGGAAAUACGGAUGACAGUCAGUUGAGCGCAGAGUGCUUGAAGCAUCUUGAUACAGUGCCGUCCAAGGCCUUUGUCCAUGGGACAGGCGCCAAAACACAAAGAAAAUGGACUGGCAUCAUGGGAUUUACUGGCGACGGAUUACCGUUAGUAGACCGUGUAAGAAGCUUCCUUUCUGGACGAGAGGACUGCGAUUCCAGUAAUGGCGGUGAAUGGAUCGCUGCUGGGUGGGAUGGGUAUGGAAUGGUUCAUUGCUGGCUGGCUGGAAAGGGGCUGGCAAUGAUGGUGACAGGGCAGGAAACCGGUAUUCGUGAUUGGUUCCCCAAGGAUGAGUUCGCGUGUACGAAGGCGAGACUGGACAAGAUGAGUCCUGAGGGGGCCCUGAAACGAUUCCUUGGACUUUUGCAGACGUAG